AUGUCGUUCCGUGAACUACGAAGUAACGAUGCGGCCAAGUUUGCGUGUAUGUGCGUUGAAAUACAGGCGGUGAAAUGUGCAGGUUUCGUGGAGAUGUUGCGCCAGCUCGGCUAUCCGCAGAACAUGUCGAUCGACCACUUUCGACGUCACGACUUUUACGCGAUGGCACACGUCCUUUCGUGGCUGAUUGAGCAACGCGAGCUAGCGGCACCAAUCCGCCAUAGGAUCGACCCGAAGAGUCACAUCGAGCUGCAGAUCGCCACCGAACAGGAUCGCGUGAUCUUCGUGAAAACAGCCACCCAGUUUCUGGUCGAACAUCUGGACAUACGAGUGAAUCCACAGAAACUGUACCAGGCGAACGUGUACGCCGUGCAGGAGAUGUUGAAGGUGGCAACGUUUCUUUACCGAGCAGUCGACCAAAUGGCUGAACUGUCGAUUUCAAGAGCGUUGUCCACGGAAAUUACGAACGCGGCCGUACAGGUCUAUGACUUGCUGUCGGACGAGUUGGAAAUGAGGGAAAAGAGAACGGCGGCACUUGCGAGACAGGUGGAAUUGAAUGAAGUGGAAGCAUAUUUGAAACUCUGCUUGAAGGCAGCUCAGCAGGAAAUAGAAGACCUUAAAGCAAAACUGGGUGGCAUAUCUUCUGACGAAUCGAAUCUUGACACAAAAAUAGAAAGGAAGAAAGCAGAUUUGGACCGACUACAAAAGAGACUGAUUCAACUGCAGUCGGUGAGGCCUGCCUUCAUGGAUGAAUACGAAAAAUUAGAGAGCGAAUUUCGGAUGGUCUAUGAUCAAUACGUUGAAAGCUUUUUGAACCUUGCCUACCUGACUGCAGCACUCGGUGGAAAGUCCGGCGAACCAGUGACAACGGUCGAGGUUUCUCCUACCAACAGCAAGUUGAACAAGCAAGAUAGCAGACCGGGACAGCCUGUGCACGAUGUAGAGCGAGUUCCCAUUGGAGAAAGCAACAUCGAAAUUUGGAAAGAGAAAAGAGAAAGGCCACAGAUUUUAACCUCGGUUCCGAGUACGGAAGUUUUUGAAAUGGAGUCAGAAGCAAUGGGUAAUGACUCGAGCAAUGAAUAUGAAGAUGAUGAAGACGACGAAUUACUACUCGAGUCAGAAUAUCAAGAAACAAACGAGUUACCUUCCAAAGAGGUUGGAGCCCCAAUCAGAGCUUCGGAUCAACUCAAUGAGGACGAAGAGCACGGCUUGUCCGGCCUAAAGGAUUCACCCCGGCUGCAAAGCGAGGAAACUGAAGAGUCUGAACAUGAAUUUGAAAUUAUAUGA